CGCAUUUCUCACGCGCUACUAAACAGCAACGAGCAACGAACGGCGUGCAAUUUGCUACGCGUCCAGUUUUCAGGGAACGGUAAUGCCUGGUGCGCGGCGGAAUCGCGAAUUCUCCCGGCAACGACGACGACGACGGCGGGGCAAGUGAUUCACGCGUUUUCGCGCGAAUGCAUUAUCACCGGGAAUAUCAUCGUCUGGCGUUUACGACAACGGAGCGCCAUCGCGCCGCGCUGUGUGUCUGCGCGCCAUGUAGAUUCGCAUUAACAUGCACGAACGAAAUGCCACGGUAACGCAACGCGUAUUUUUACACGCGGCUAGUAAUGCCUAUAAUUUGUACGUUUGCUUAGUGCAAUUACCGGCGGUAAGCGUAACAGUAUCUUGAAGUGGGCUCUCGAGGCCGCGGACUCGCCCGGUUAUAAUCGUUCGGUGUAUCAUUAAACUUGCGAUAUGUCAUCUUCAUUUUCAUAAUUCAUAAACGACGACGUCUCGCGUUUUAUACGAAAGAAAAUGAUGAUAGUUAGUACGCUCGGCGAGUAAUUCGCUCGUAGCUCGCGGAAUGUCUAGCUUUAUCAUGAACAGUGGAAUUUUUAUGCGAUUGAGAUCACGUCGGCACGUAGAAGGUCACAAUCGACGUUUAUCCGUUUUAUGUCUCGAAAGGAAAUAUCACGACGGAUAACGGCGUUCUCUGCUCCAGUUGAGUAAGAGGACUCAAGAAGGGCCGUCUCUCCCAAGAUGCUGCCGAAAUUGAUUGUCCUGCUCUGGGCAGCAAUUCCGAUUGCGUUGUCCCAGAGCAACUAUGCGUCGCAAGGCAACAGCAUCGAGUAUCAGCCAGGACUGCCGCCGAGCACGGUCCUCGACGGCAAAGUCACCAAGCUGGACGACAUCUCGCCGGUGAUAUUUUUGAAUCGAACGAGAGCUUAUCUAAACUGCGGCAUGGGUAGCAUGGAGGUCGAGCUGAAGUUCGAGGAGCCGUUUUACGGAGUGGCCUACGCCGAUUUCGAUCGCAACAGCGCCUGCAUAUUCAAAGGACGAGGCGCGACCACCGCUAAACUGGAACUACCUCUCAAGGGAUGCGGCACAAAGCAGGAACCCCUGCGUGUAUUCACCAAUAAUGUGGUUGUCCGCUUUCAUCCUGGAUUAGAAAUGGACGGAGAUGAGGUUAUCACUAUAGUCUGCAGAUAUCCUCCACCCGUGGCGCCGGCACCUCCUAAGACGCCAGAGAGAAUAUCGGCCACGUUGGCGCCCGCGCCGGUGACCGAGCCACCGCUGAAGGGCCUGCAGAUCCUGCUGAUUAUCUGCGCCAUCCUGUUCCUGUCGCUGCUUCUGCUGGGCCUCGGCUGCUCCUACAUGUGCCUGAAACGCCGAAACGUCCGCGUGGUCCAUCGGCAUCCGUUCGAGAGCGGCACCGGUUCCGAGAUAACGAAGCUCUCCGGUUCAUCCCUCAGCCACAUCACCAUGUUCGAGGGCCUGAAGAUACCGCGCGCACACGCUCUUCUUCACGCGACCGCCGCGUCUACUUCCGGCAGCGAGGCGAAUCUGGUGAUCGAUCAUUCGGACACGCUGCCGAGCGAUUAUCCGAGCGAGAGCCACUCCGAGGUGGACGAAGAGCGCUCGCUGCCCGUGUCCUCCGCUGGAUCCUACGACAACAAGGCGUUCGUGGAGCACCACGAGGUCCAACAUCAGCGCCAGAUGGAAAUGCGCACGUCGAGCUCUCUUUAUUCCGAGACGGUCGCCGCCGAGGUGGAAACGUCCUCGAUGACGGCCGCAAACGCUUCGAGAAUCAUGGUGCCGCGUCACCCGGUGGCCGUUCCGAUCGAGCCCAAGUUCGACGUGCAGAUGCGAGUGAAGAGGGCACCGCCGCCGGCGCCCAGCCCGCUGCCGUCCGAGUCCGACGUGGCGAGCAUCGCUCUCGAGAGAAACCUGACGACGAUUCUGGAGCGCGAGGAGACCAGCCGCUCGCUGGGAAGCUCGCCUUACCGAAUGACAACCUUCUCCUACGUGCCCGAGCUGCACGGACCGCCGGGAGGCGCGUCCUCCGUCUCCACCAUCUCGCGGCAACAGACGCCGCCGGUCUACUCGAGAAUCCUGCGCAAGCAGGCGGAGAGGGAGACCACCGUGAUCCAGGAGAAGCUGCCGUCGCCGACGGGCGAGCCGCUGCAGCAUCGCGAAAUCCGCCGGCCGAGAUCCCUCGCCUCUCUCGACACCGAGCUCACCGAGACGCGCUCGCUGACGGAAGUGACGGACGCCUCGCACGCCAAGUAUCGCGUGGCGAGCAUUCUGGCGCCGACUCCGCCGCCGCCGCCGCCGAUCGCGCCCACCGCGUCCGCCACGACGACGCACACCGCCGUGCAGCAUCGCGAGCACCGUCUGCUGCGCGAGGAGAUGACCGAGCCGCUGGUCGAGCCGCAGGUGGUCGCGCCGCGCCGCCCGGAGAUCACGACGCACGAGGUGGACGACGUGUUCCUGCGCACCGUCACCGAGAAGAAGACGAUCGAGGACGUGGAGCGCCAUUGCCGCCAGGUCACCGAGUACCGCACGCGGCCGCCGGAUCUCAAGUGGGACGUCACCAUCAGAAACUAUCCGACGGAGGACCUGCCGCCGCCGCCGCCCGAAUGGGAGAACUUCUCCGACGUCAGCUCGGCCUCCAACCUGACGAUCACGAACGAGCCGGCGAGCAAUCUGACCGCCGCGGACGACGAGCCGGACGUGAACAUCGAGCCGACUUACACGGCGCGCGCUGAAAUGCCGAGACCGCCGAUGCCGGCCUCCCGCCGAUCCCUCGACGACGCCGACGCCGACUGGUACAGCAGACUGGCGCGCGUCCUGGAGCCGCGCUACGCCGCCGAGCUGACGAGCGAGGAGCGCGUCAAGUGGCGCGAGAUCAUCACGACGGAGAGCACGCUGCGCACUCUGCUGACCGAGGCGGUCGUGAAGGAGGACUACGAGCUGAUACGCAAGGACGCGAGAUACGUGAACCUGUUCCCGCCGGCCAAGUGGGACGUCAUCAUCCGAAUCCUGAGCCCGCCGUCGACGCACGCCGCCUCGUCCUCCGGCCACGGCAAGAAUCACGGCCAGAGGUACAAGCGCUCCAAGUCGUCGGAGUGGGACACCAGGUCCAGACGGUCCUCCCUGCCCACCCUGUACGAGUACGAGAGCGACGGCGGCAGCUCGGCGCGCACCCUCGGCACCCAGAGCCAUCAUCUGCAAACGUCGCAAUCCGCCACGACUAUGAGCGGCGGCGGCGGCGGCGGGCAGAGCCGUCCGCGCCGACUGGGCGGCGGUUCCGUUCGUUCGCGAGGCGCCGGGCCCGGCAGCGAGGCCGAUCUGCGAUCCAUGUCGGAGAUCACCGUCCGCGAUUUCGCCAGGAUGGACCGGGACGAUCUGACGAGCCUGAGCUCCUUCGAGGGCGCGGAUUCUCUCGUGCGAUCGCUCAGCCAGCCCAGUCUGGCCAGAUCGGGCUCGGAGUUCACCGAGCACUGGGGCGUGCCGUCCGGCAUCUUAGAUCUGCCGCAGUGGACGACCGAGCACGCGGAGGACGUGAGCUCGGUGGAGACGACGCCGAGGGCGAUCAGGAGGGGCGACAGAUUGCAAGUGCUCGCCUCCUUCGACGAGCGCAGACGAGGUCCGUCCAUCACGCGGUCGAGCCGGUACACCGAGAGGGAGCUCAGCAUGCGCGUGACGGAGAGUCAGAGAGCCUCGGACUGGUUUAACGACAACAAUUCCGAGCCGGAAAUGCAGAUCUAAGCGGAUCCCAAAGCGGAUCACAGAUUCUCGGCUUUUACCUCAACACACGGAGACGACGAUUCCUUCAUCUCGCUGAAAGUCUCAGUGAAAUUAUUAGAAAUGCAUUUACGACAACACUGUAUUACUUGUACCUCACAAAAGAUUGAUGUCGUUAUUUUUUAAUUCUUUCAGCAGUAUUUUUCUGCUGCCAUUUUAAUCGAACCGAUAAUCUAAAAAUCUAACGUAAUUCAUUUUAAUUCGAUCAACUUGUCACGGCGAUAAAAAAGAUCUUUUACGUAACAUUUUUGACAGCUAAAAAUAAUUGAGCUGAAAAAUGAAAAUUCCGAUGAAUCGAGAUUGAGAACUGAAAGAGAAAUUCCAAUAUAAAUUUUUCAAUACCGAUUGAGUAUAAAAAUAUUGCUCGAAGAGUUAAAGAUGCCGCAGAUGGAAAAGAUUUAUUGAAAGGUCAGUCGAAUUUUCUUCGCAACUUUUCCGCGACUUCACACGCUCUCGUCUUUCGAACCACUGCACGAGCCGCGAUGCGAUGGAUUAUGAUUUAUACAUCGCUCGUAUUUUUCUCACGGGUGCUUUUUCUCGAUUGGGAUGUCUACGUGGCCCCGCGCAUUACGUGUGCAUGUCGCAUUUGUUUUGCUCUCAAGCGAGACUUCCUAUAUGAUCAAUACAUCUUGCCAAGAAUGAUGCGCAAUGCACACAGUAGCUGCGACAAAAUAACGUUCCGCAGCGGUCGGUGUAAAAUCCAUUUAUUUGCAACGGCUAGUCCGCCGUUUCUUCCUUCCGUUUCUUACGUCGAUUGUGUCGCUGUCCUACUUCCCUCCGCGGCUCAUGGCCGUUCCACUGCCGAUUCCGUUUCCUCGCGCCUGACAGCUCGAGGGCUCAUGCUCAACCGCGCAAGUAACCGAAUUGUCCCAAUUUCGGGUAUCGCUUCGCCGUCUCUCCGGCAUCCAGGAUCGCUCGGCAUUAUAAUAUCCCGCAAUUCGGGCAAUUCGGCCGCCACUCUCUUCACACGUCACUCGUAACGCGAAAUGUGAUUCGCGCGGGUUCGCCCAGUCUCGACCUCGGCACGAGUGGGUCUGCAGAUUCUGGCGGGCGCAUCAUCGGAAAAUUAUACGUAACUGCACAACUUGAGCCAUUAAAGUUUAUUAGCGAUCUUGACGACUUUUCUUCAUCGGCAACUCUCGCGAUUUACUUGUUUCCUAUCAAAUCGCGAGAAACAUCGUCAACAAAUAUUUCGCGGCGAGAAUCUAAACGACGCGAUUCUGCUCGAAAAAUUUCCGAAGCUUUAAUGGUUUAAUCGGAACGAAUGUCUCGACAUUCGUUCUCCACGGAAAGUAACGCGAGAAGAAAAAAAAAAGUUUCGAGGUGGGAAAAUAAUAAAAUAACAUAGUGUAAUCGCGAGAGAGAGAACGACGUAUCGCCCGCGCGACGCGACUUGUUCUCGGCUUCCUAACGUUCGAUAAAUCGCAAGAUCUCCCUCGGAGAUCGCAAGGGGAUCACACCGGUAGCUCGCGACUAAAACCGCCCCCCCUUCCCUCCGCGCGCGUUUGCGGUACAACUGCGAUAAUAGUCUACUUAAGUAGGUAACGAAACACACGGUGCUGGGUUAUACGCUUCAAACGCUAGUUAGAAUUCCCUCUUCAAGAACAUUUGCGAACCUAACCCCUCUCUCUCUCUCUUUCUCUCUCUCUCUCUCUCUCCUCCCCUUCCCCUUUGCCACACCACUCUAUCCCGAGUCACUUAUGCGACUUAACGUAUUUUGUUGGAAUACCAGGGCUCGGCCGAGAUACAUAUCGACCGACACGGUAUGCGCGUAGAUAGGUGUUAUUUGUAAUUAUGAGUACUUUAAUGGCCAAUGUAUAUUCACACGUAUUAAAUCUGUACGUAUAAUAUUCUCGCCCGCGCUAUACGUCCACGCGCAGUCAUUAGAGUUCGUGAAGUCUUCCGAAUCCGCGAGCACGCUCGCGCGAGAAUUCGGAGUUUACGAAUUCCAUUCAUAUAUCACGGCGCGUUAUAGUUCCCGCGAUACGCAAUCGCUCCGGAGUUUACUUUAACAAUCUCCAUCUUCGAAACGUCGCUUUUAAACAAUGAUGUUAUCUUCACGUUGUUUGCGUCGAGUUAAAGUUAUCAAAUUGUCAAUUGCAAGCGGAGCGAGUUAAAGUGACAUAAGUAAUCGAGUUUCUUUUUCAAGGAAUACUUUACGUUGUGUUUGCGCGCAUUUUUUUUCAACCCAAUAAAAUGUGAAAUAUCGCGAGUCGAAAUAUAAUAAUAUUUAUAUAUGAAAAUUCGCUACAUAUAUUUCUAUCUGUGUUCAAAUUUAUUAAAAUAUACCGAUUAAAUUAUUUUCAUGCAAUUGAUUUGAAUGUUAAACGGUUGAUGAAUGUUGUAAUUGUAAUUUAUACGUGUGUUGCAACGUUUAAUUAUAAUAUUUAAAUACUACUACAGUGGAAAAACACGACCGCGCUAUUCUUUAUUUAUACACAAUUCGUACAAAAUGGAAUUGAUACGCAAAUAAAGAGCUCGUGGAAUUUAUGUUCGAUAGCUCAAGUCCGAGGCAAUUCGCUUGCGAAAUAAAUCCGUCCCAAGGACUUGGAAGCCGAUAUCACACGAUACUACAGCGAGCGUGUAAUUUUCUAAAACGUAAUAUGUAGAAAGCAGAAAGUCGUGGGCGCUUUUUAUACAUAUAUAUAUAUAUAU